CCGCCGCCAUGGCGCACCGAAUGAAGAGAGAAGAGAGCGUGCCCCGCCGCGCCUCGCCGCCAGUGCCGCCAUUGUCACCAUCGAUGGAGGAGAAGGGGGAGAGCGCUUGCGAGGAGCUGCUGCAGAAGCCACCGCCGUGCAUCCUCGUGCCGUCGCUGGAGAUCUGGCUGUCGUUGCCGAUCAUCCUUGCGCCGCAUCGGAGACAGAACUGUGAAAUAAAGGGAGCGCGACCCACAGCCACCAACGGAGAAGAAAGAGCGCGCAGGAAAGUGAAGCCGCCGCUGUCACCGUCGCGUGUGGAGCCGCCGCCGCGCUUGACCUCCGUUGCUGUUGCACUUCGACCGCCACCAUUCUUGCCGCCGUCAAGCUGCGUCGGAAGGAAAGCGCCACCGUCGUGCCCUGUUAGAACUUCUGGAGCCGCGUUGGAGCUCGCUGCAAAAUGAGGAUGAGGCUAGGACUAGCGCCAUUGUGCCUGAGCUGUUGCUGUCGAUUUAGAGUUGCUGCGCAAUGGGGCCACUAGGAGAGUAUUUCUGCUGUUGAACCAUGGGCUCUGCGGCCGAGACUCUGCCGCCGAAGAACACUCUUCCGGUAAGGGUUUUUAUUUGAGGUUUCUGUCCUUUUUGAAUUCCGAGAAUACCGUAGUCACUGCGUGUU